UAAUUUGUGCAUAUGCUUUCAUGUGUUCAAUAGAAAUGGCUGAGUUUAGUGAAGUGUGGCAGUUCCCUGAAGUAUACACUCCUCAGGUUGUACCUCAGUCCAAUGUACUGCCCCUCACUGGGUCAAGUACUUGCAGCAGUUCUAAUCAUGGUCCUUUAAGCCCAACUGGUUACUACUCAUAUUUUGACGGCAGUGUCUUUACUGACACUAGUUCCUCCUUCAUGAAUGAGAUGAACAGCAUUGAAUCAGUAACUUCAAACAGUACAGCCAGUUAUUUAGAGGACUUUAGUGUAUCAAUGGAUUCUUCUGAUGGAAGUAGAAAGUUCAUUCAAACUGCUGACAAGGAGAAGCACCUCAUCAUUAAAAAGGAUGUCAACUUUGCUUUGUCUUUCUCAUCUGAUACUCCCUUACCUCCUAAUGGUCUCAUAAGAGCAUUGCUAACAUCAGCUGCUGUGAAUCCACUACUCUGUUGUAAGGCUGACAUCACUGAGGAUUAUUUAGGUAACAGGUUUAUGGUUUGCUGCACUGAAGGAGCUAAGUAUACUGAGUGGAAAGGGCAGCAUUCUAUUGAUAUACUAGUAUCAGAUCUACCUGAAACUUCCUGUAAACCUUUUGCUGUUUUUAAGUUUCGAUGUCAGUCAUCUCAUCUGCCGCGUCUCCAUAGCAAACUGACUUUGGAAUUUUACUUAUUUGAGAGGAACACUACUGCCCCUAUUGGUUAUGAUUCUAUCAGCGUUAAGAUAACCCCAUGCAUUGGGAGAGAAUCAAAGAAACUCCUUUCUAUAUUAAAGCCAAUACCAGCUGCUUUUCCUCCAAGUUCUAGAAAGCAAAAGCUCACAGCAACAACUCCUUCAGAUGCAGACACACCUGCUGUUCCUCCUCUUCCUGAGGGAGUGCUGGACUUUACAGCAGAGAAUCCUCCUGAUAAAGAUGGCUACUAUCAUUUUUCAUGGUCUGGAAAGGACAAGCUCAUUUUCAAUUUACUGACUGCGAUUAAAAAAUCCAGUGAAAUUGAUUAACAAGUAUCACUUAUUAUUUCCAUUACAUCACUUUUCAUUAAUCAUUUCAUCACUUUUGUUGUUAGCACAAUCGAUUAUUAUUAUUAUAA